CGAUAAGCGCCCAGAAAGCAGCACUCCUCUGACCUGAGUCAAAAGGGAUCAACUCAACUGGGCACCCUGGUUCUUCCUCAUCCGAUCUUGAUUCAUCCGACGCUCAAGAAAUAACUUCUAUAUCCCCCAAAAAGAGCAGAAAAUGGGCGAGCCUACUAAGUAGGUCGGACCUUGUGCCGAGUCUCGAAAACCACUGAGCUGUGUAGCAGCCCCGCCGCCAGUACUGUCAGGACCUCGAAUGGCGCAGGCACGACGGCUCAGAAUCAGCCGGGAAGCCCUGUCAAAUCCGGAUGAAAUCCGUCCCAGCUCGUGGGCUGCACGAUCCAAAUGUACAAAUCAGGAUUCGGGAUGGCGGAUGGCCCGUUGCGAGGCGGUAGAAAUGUAUGAUAGGAACGACGAAAUCCAUU